CUCCUCCUCCUCCUCCUUCGCAGCUGACCCGUUCAUCUGACAGGGGAGGAAUCUGAGGAGGAGGGCGCCAAGGCAGGAGAAGAGUGAUCCUAAACAUUGGCAGCAUUCUGCAGGCUGAGGGACCUGCAUGCAGCCCUUGUCCAUUAGGAGGAGACGGCAGCUUCACUGUGGUCUGCAGAUGAUAUAGGAGCGCCUGGCUGCUCAUCUACUCCACAGUAAUAAAGAGGAGCUGCUCCGCUGUCUGCAGAAACUCACUCAGAUCCAGGUGUGGGGGUGGAAGACAGCACAGCCAAGUGCUGGAUCCCAGGGGGAACCUAAAGUGUUGCAAGGGCCCUUAAGACGAAGAAGGGUGCAUGGAGGGUUCAAGGCCUCUGAAGCCGGGGACAUCAGCCUGCCUCUGGUUGGGGCUGGUCUCUGUGUCUGUAGCUUUCCUGUGUUCUGAGGCCCGGACUACUCCGAGCCCUUUGCUCAGCCCUAACAAUGCUACCUGCUCUGGCACCUCAAAGUGUAAAACAGGAAUCAUCCUCCCCAUUUGGUAUCCUGAGGAUCCGUCUAUGGGAGACAAGAUUGCUCGGGUCAUUGUCUAUUUUGUGGCCAUGAUCUAUAUGUUUCUUGGAGUUUCAAUCAUCGCUGAUCGUUUCAUGGCAGCCAUUGAGGUCAUCACAUCCCAAGAAAGGGAAAUUGUCAUAAAAAGGCCAAAUGGGGAAACAACCACAACUACAAUUCGAGUUUGGAAUGAAACAGUUUCUAACCUUACUCUCAUGGCCUUAGGCUCUUCUGCCCCUGAAAUUCUGCUCUCUGUGAUUGAAGUUUGUGGACAUGAGUUUGAAUCAGGUGAGCUGGGUCCAUCAACAAUUGUUGGCAGCGCAGCCUUUAAUAUGUUUGUCAUCAUUGGCCUCUGCGUAUCUGUGAUUCCCCAAGGUGAGGUACGCAAAGUCAAGCAUCUAAGAGUUUUCUUUAUCACAGCAGGCUGGAGUAUCUUUGCCUACAUCUGGCUCUACAUGAUCUUGGCUGUUAUUUCUCCUAAUGUAGUCCAGGUCUGGGAAGGCCUAGUCACACUAUCCUUUUUUCCCAUAUGUGUCCUACUUGCAUGGGUUGCAGACAGACGACUGCUCUUCUACAAGUUUAUGCAUAAGAAAUAUCGCACUGACAAGCACAGGGGUGUCAUUAUUGAGACUGAAACUGAACGCUCCAAGGGAAUUGAGAUGGACGGCAAGAUGGUCAACUCUCACUUUAUGGAUGGAGGUGCAACAAGCAAUUUGAUUGGCUUGAUUGAGAACAAAGAGGUAGAUGAAUCCCGUCGGGAUAUGAUUAGAAUCUUAAAGGACCUAAAGCAGAAGCACCCGGAGAAAGAUCUCGAUCAGUUAGUUGAGAUGGCCAACUACUACGCUCUCUCACACCAGCAAAAGAGCCGUGCCUUCUAUCGUAUCCAGGCCACUCGAAUGAUGACAGGUGCUGGGAAUAUUUUGAAGAAACAUGUUGCAGAACAAGCAAAGAAGAGUGCCAGUGUUCAAGAGGUGCACGUGGAGGAGCCCGAGGAAUAUGUGUCUCGAAUCGCUUUUGAGCCUGCUGCCUACCAGUGCCUUGAGAACUGUGGUGCUGCCAUCUUGACUGUCACUCGAAAGGGUGGCGAUAUCAACAAGACGAUCUACGUGGAUUAUAAAACAGAAGAUGGUUCGGCUAACGCUGGAGCUGACUAUGAGUUCACAGAGGGAACAGUGGUAUUCAAACCAGGGGAAAUCAUCAAAGAAAUAAGCAUUGGCAUUAUAGACGAUGACAUCUUUGAAGAGGACGAACACUUCUUCGUGCGACUCAAUAAUCUACGGGUCCUGGAGACUGAAGAUGAGGUGUUGUCUGCCAACAGUCUUCCAUACCCAAAGGCCAUUCUAGGAUUUCCCACUGUGGCUACAGUCACCAUACUGGAUGAUGAUCAUUCAGGCAUCUUUACAUUUGAGAGUAGCUCAGCUCAUGUUAGUGAGAGCAUUGGCAUUAUGGAAGUGAAAGUUCUGAGGACUUCUGGAGCAAGGGGAACUGUCAUUGUGCCUUAUCGCACAGUGGAGGGACUCGCCAAAGGAGGAGGAGAGGACUUUGAAGACACCUAUGGAGAACUAGAGUUCAAAAAUGAUGAGACCUGCAAAUUUGUUCACGUGAAAAUUAUUGAUGAUGAAGAGUAUGAGAAAAACAAGAACUUCUUCCUGGAGCUGGCUGAGCCUCGCAUGGUAGACAUGAGUCUGCAGAAAGCUCGGUUGUUAGCUGAUGACGUGCCAGAAAGGAAGCUGACAUCUGAUGAGGAGGAAGCCAAGCGGAUUGCAGAGAUGGGCAAACCAGUGUUGGGGGAACACCCAAGGCUUGAGGUCAUUAUCGAGGAAUCAUACGAGUUCAAAAGUACAGUGGACAAGCUGAUCAAGAAGACCAACCUGGCUCUGGUGGUGGGAACAAACUCCUGGAGAGAGCAGUUCAUGGAGGCCAUCACCGUCAGUGCAGAUGAGGACGAGGAGGACACUGGGGAAGAGCGGCUUCCUUCUUGCUUCGACUACGUCAUGCACUUCCUCACAGUGUUCUGGAAGGUUCUGUUUGCCUGCGUCCCCCCCACAGACUACUUGAAUGGCUGGGCCUGCUUCAUCGUGUCCAUCGCCAUCAUCGGCCUGCUCACGGCCGUCAUCGGUGACCUGGCCUCUCACUUUGGCUGCACCAUCGGCCUCAAGGACUCAGUCACAGCAGUGGUAUUUGUGGCUCUUGGCACAUCAGUCCCAGAUACAUUUGCCAGCAAGGUUUCUGCCGUCCAAGACACCUACGCAGAUGCUUCGAUUGGGAAUGUGACCGGCAGCAACGCCGUCAACGUCUUCCUGGGAAUCGGCAUGGCCUGGUCCGUUGCAGCCAUAUAUUGGCACAUGAAAGGGAAGCCGUUUGUGGUGGAGGCCGGUUCACUGGCCUUCUCCGUCACUCUCUUCACCAUCUUCGCCUUCCUGGCCAUCUCGGUGCUGCUCUACCGGCGCCGGGCCCACAUCGGAGGGGAACUGGGCGGGCCGCGGAGACACAGAUUGGCCACGUCGGCCUUCUUUUUCGGCCUCUGGUUCCUUUACAUCCUCUUCUCCAGUCUGGAAGCCUACUGUCAUAUAGAAGGCUUCUAAGUAGAUGAGACUGAUAAAAAAGAAGUCCGAUGAAGUCUUAAACAAGGAGUUACUCCUCAUUUUGGGAUAUGGGUGAAUGUUGAAUGCUUGGGUCAAACAGAGGAGGCAAACCUGUGUUUUUGUUUUGUUUUUCUAAGAAAUGGCUCCUGCUCUCUUCCUCUCUAACUCCCUCAGCCCUGUCUGUAAGAACCCUCCGAGGCACGCAUCCUGCCCUCUAUUGCUGACAGGCUUCGCUCGCAUGGGAGCUAAGCUCGAGUCUGUAGCUGGGUUCGAUUUCCCAGCAUGCCCUAAGGAUGUCCACGCCAAGAGGGGGUCCUGCAUCCUGCUGGAAGAAGCCCUGCUGCUGGGGGGAAAGCAGAGUCACAGAGGUUUAUAUUUUUCUCAAAACAGGACAAAAAUGACUUUUUAAAAAGAAACAUAUUUUGGGGAUAAAAAUGCAAAAAAAAAAAACAUAAAUGCAACAAACAAAAAUAAAUCAAGGAAGUAACAGAGGAAUCAAAGAACUAUUUUCUGAUCUAAAAGAAUAAUGAGAAACGGAAAUUUGCUGUAGAGAGACAGCGGGACGGAUUCAUAGUAUUUAUUUUUAUUUGCAUCGUUUCCUAAAGGAGCUCUGUGUCGAAACCAGGAGGAGGAAGAAGGAGCGACAGAGACGGCUCACACCAGCGGACGAAUCCCAGUUCAAACCACAGAAAAGGGAAAACUUGGACACAGCGUAGACGGUCAAACUGCCCCGAACAUUACUUCCUUACUCUAAAUGUAUCUAUAUAUAAUAUAUUUCCAUAUUUUCUGUAUAUUUUGAAUAUUUGUUUUAAAUGUAGUCCUCUUCUGUGCUAAAAGAGGAUUGCUGCAGCAAAGGGGGGAGGAGACGGGGGAGGGAGGGCCGAGCUAUAUAUCCGGACGAUGUCUUCACCUUUCUAAGGGUUAUGUAUCUUGCCUAGCGGUAACAAGUAUCACAUUGUAUUUUAUUUAUUUACUGAUAUCUUGGUCUCACUUGACUUUUCACCUUUUUCGAUUAAAAGGGGG